CACGCUGGUGAUACAGACAGCAGUGAGCUGGUCACACCGAGUUUCGAUACUCGAGACAACUGACACGUCAACGUUGCUGGUUUGUUAACAGCAAAGAUGACACAAGUGCCGUGCUACACAAUCAUCAACUCGCCGGACCUCGAGGUCCCGAACGAAAUGCAAUUGAAGCAAGAUCUCGAGAAGGGCGACACUAAUGUGAAAAUCGAGACGCUGAAGAAGGUUAUCAAGCUGCUGCUGAAUGGUGAACGCUAUCCGGGCCUGAUCAUGACCAUCAUACGUUUUGUGCUGCCUGUGCAGAAUCACACAAUCAAGAAGCUGCUGCUCAUCUUCUGGGAAAUUGUUCCGAAGACCUCCGCCGAUGGCAAGCUGCUUCAAGAGAUGAUACUUGUAUGCGAUGCUUAUCGCAAGGAUCUGCAACAUCCAAAUGAGUUUCUGCGCGGCUCCACGCUCCGUUUUCUGUGCAAGCUCAAGGAACCGGAGCUGUUGGAGCCCCUCAUGCCAGCCAUACGCGCCUGCCUGGAUCAUCGCCACUCGUAUGUGCGCCGCAAUGCGGUCCUCGCCAUCUUUACCAUAUACAAGAACUUUGACUGGCUAGUGCCGGAUGGGCCCGAGCUGAUUGCGAGCUUCUUGGACACGCAGCAGGACAUGUCGUGCAAGCGGAACGCCUUUCUCAUGCUGCUCCAUGCCGACCAGGAGCGUGCGCUCAAUUAUCUGGCCUCGUGCAUCGACCAGGUGCAGAGCUUUGGCGACAUUCUUCAGCUCGUCAUCGUCGAGUUGAUCUAUAAGGUGUGUCACGCCAAUCCCGCCGAGCGUUCGCGCUUCAUACGCUGCAUCUACAAUCUGCUCAACUCGUCCUCGAAUGCAGUGCGUUACGAAUCCGCUGGUACGCUUAUCACGCUCUCGUUGGCGCCGACGGCUAUCAAGGCGGCCGCCGGCUGCUAUAUUGAGUUGAUCGUCAAGGAGAGCGAUAACAAUGUCAAACUCAUUGUGCUGGACCGUUUGAUUGCGAUGAAGGAGAACGAGAACAUGGAGAAGGUUAUGCAGGAUCUGGUCAUGGAUGUGCUGCGCGUCCUUGCCGCCCCAGACAUUGAGGUGCGUCGCAAGACACUUGCCCUGGCUAUGGACUUGGUCUACUCGCGCAACAUCAACGAAAUGGUGCACGUGUUGCAAAAGGAGGUGGCCAAGACGCACAACGUAGAGCACGAAGAUACGGGCAAGUAUCGCCAAUUGUUGGUGCGCACACUGCACACGUGCUCCAUCAAAUUCCCGGAUGUGGCCAGCAAUGUAAUUCCCGUGCUGGUAGAGUUCCUAUCCGAUACGAACGAACUGGCUGCCGUCGAUGUACUAAUCUUUAUACGCGAGGCAAUUCAAAAGUUCCCAGCACUGCGCGAACUAAUCAUUAAGCAUCUGAUUGAGGCCUUUCCACAAAUCAAGUCCUCGAAAAUACAUCGUGCCGCCGUCUGGAUACUGGGCGAGUACGUGGAGAGCGAUGUACAGAUUCUCGUGGUGAUUGCAGCCAUACAGCAGACACUCGGCGAGAUUCCCAUGGUCGAUGCCGAGCAGCACCGUCUUGCCGGCGAUUCAACCGAUGAGCAACAGCAGCAGCAUCAGGGCACAACGUCUACCAGUGGCGAGGCAACGAAUAGCACCGGCGCCACCACAACAACCACCACCAGCAGUAGCAGCUCCAACAAGGUCACCUCAGAUGGCACCUACGCCACGCAGAGCGCCUACAGCCUGGCACCCGUUGCCAAGAAGGAGAAGCGUCCACCGCUGCGUCAGUAUUUGAUGGAUGGGGAUUUCUUUAUUGGUGCCGCUCUUUCCGCAACGUUGACGAAGUUGGCGCUGCGCUAUGUAGAGCUACAGUCAGAUGCACGCACACAGAAUCGUCUAACCACACAGGUGAUGCUCAUUAUGAGCUCCAUACUGCAUCUGGGCAAGUCUGGCUAUCCCAGCAAGCCGAUCACAUACGAUGACUCCGAUCGCAUCAUGGUUUGUCUGCGCACUCUCAGCGAUCGUACACCAGAGGCAGUUGCUGUUUUCAGCCACGAUUGCCGCACCGCACUAGGAAAUAUGCUGGAUGCACAGCAGGAGGAGGAUCAACGCAUGCAGAAGGAGAAACAACGUGCCACGGCUAAGGUGCAGCCGGAUUCGCCAGUGCUGUUUGCACAGCUCUCGAACGGACGAGACAAUCAGCUAGGCGAGAAUGUAUUCGAGUCGAGUUUGAAUCAAGCAUUGGCUGGCAGCAAGACCGCCCAGCUCAGCGAUAUGUCGUCGCCCAAUAACAAACUGAAUAAGGUUACCCAGCUAACGGGCUUCUCCGAUCCGGUCUAUGCCGAGGCAUACGUUAAUGUUAACCAGUACGACAUUGUACUAGACGUGCUGAUUGUCAAUCAAACAAAUGACACUCUACAGAACUGCACUUUGGAGCUGGCCACAUUGGGCGAUCUGAAGCUAGUAGAGCGUCCACAUCCGGUGGUGCUGGCGCCGCACGAUUUCUGCAACAUUAAAGCCAAUGUGAAGGUCUCCUCCACAGAGAACGGUAUCAUCUUUGGCAAUAUAGUAUACGAUACGGCGCUGAACACGAACGUCGUGGUACUCAACACCAUACACAUUGACAUCAUGGAUUACAUCAUACCGGCCAGCUGCACAGACACUGAGUUCCGUCAGAUGUGGCAAGACUUUGAGUGGGAGAACAAGGUUACGGUGAACACCAAUUUCACCGAUCUGCACGAGUAUCUCAAGCACCUGCUAAAGAGCACCAACAUGAAGUGCCUGACGCCGGAAAAGGCGCUUUCCGGCCAAUGUGGCUUUAUGGCCGCCAACAUGUAUGCCAAAUCGAUUUUUGGCGAGAACGCCUUGGCCAAUCUAAGCAUUGAAAAGCCUGUCGACGAUCCCGAUUCGAAGGUGACGGGUCACAUACGUAUACGCGCCAAGAGUCAGGGCAUGGCACUUAGUCUGGGAGAUAAAAUCAGCUCCUCGCAAAAGCAAUCGGUGCAGGCUGCCUAGUUGAUGAGUAGCAACAGCGACGUGAACAGCAGAGGCAGCAGCACCAAGCACAAGAAAUCGAAGCAUAUUUGAGAGGUGGCCGAGCCACGGCCUGCAUUCCGCCUGAUUUUCAAUUAAAAGCAGAUUACAACAGACUAUUACUUACAUACAUCUUAAAGUAACGCAUGCAAUUAUCUACUUAUUUAAUAAAGUUAACCACCCCAAAUUCAA